GUUCAGAGAGCCGCGCAGCACGGGGGGAAAAAGAAAUGAUGGCGCGUUGUCGCUUCUCAGCUGUUCUUGCGUGUAUGGUGCUUGCGUCGUUCCGAGCUUCAAGCCAGAAUCUCGUCGCCUCACAACAAUGCCUCGUGUGAAGUGACCGUCUGGAAACUUUAAUUGACGAUAAAGAAGCAAACCCCGGCGAACAGAUUUUAAUAUCGUGAACAAUGGACGGCAAAGAAAACGCAGCUUUCCAGUCGGACGGCGAGCAGCAGGACUCGGAUCCCGCUCGAGAACAAGAUGGCGUGCACCUCAGGAUAACCAACAAUGGCACGAGCAAAGACAGUAGCAGCCUGGCGGCGGACCCAGCUCGCGACCAGCUGGAGUUGGAGGGCAGCCCGGGCCAUGAAGGAGUGGGGAGGGGCAACCCCGUGUCGCGGCAGCUGGCGGACUGCUGGCGCUCGCUGGCGCGACUCAGGCGGCGACACAAGAGGGCGCUGGCCGGCCUACUCGUGGUGCUGCUCAACUGCCUGCUGGUGGCGUUCCUGGCCGCCGCCGUGGCGCACCAUGUGCUGCAGGGCAGCGAGGACAUAGACUGGUGCAACGGCCUGGGCAUCCUCAUCAUCAUGGUCAGCCUGCUCUACCUCUCCAUGUUCUACUACCUGGUGGUGAAGAGGCAGUUCGGGGCCACCCUCGCCAGGGUCGCGCUGCAGCCCUGUGGCAGGGUCUGGGACAAGGUCUGGGGCAUAACAUUGGUCAGGAUGUUGGUUUACUGUGCGUUGUUGGCGUCUCUGAUCAUCUUCCUCGUCCUGGACACUGCCGACAACAGGGAGCGACUCAUCUCGUUUCUGGGACUCGUAGUUCUUCUCCUCAUUGGAUUCCUGUUUUCUAAGCACCCUGACCAAAUCGUGUGGCGGCCGGUGUUCUGGGGCCUGGCGUUGCAGUUCGUGUUCGGCCUGCUGACCAUCCGCUGGGUGGUGGGUCGCCUGAUCUUCCAGUGCGUCGGCGACCACGUCACCACCUUCCUGCUCUACACCAACAACGGCUCGUCCUUCGUGUUCGGGGACUUCCUGGUCAUCCAGCAAGGCCUCUUCGCCUUCCAGGUGAUGCCCGUGAUCUUCUUCUUCUGCUUCUGCGUGCAAAUCCUCUACUACUAUGGCGCGAUGCAGGCCAUCGUGAUCAAGCUGGGCUGGCUGCUGCAGAAGUCCAUGGGCACCACCGUCGCAGAGUCCGUCAACGCCUCGGCGAGCGUUUUCCUGGGUAUGUCCGAGGCUCCGCUGCUCAUCCAGACGUACCUGAAGGACCUCACCCGGUCCGAGAUGCAUGCCAUCAUGACGGGGGGCUUCUCGACCGUCGCAGGCACGGUGCUGGCUGCGUACAUCUCCUUCGGCGUGGAGCCCGCGCACCUGAUCACGGCGUCCGUGAUGUCGGCGCCCGCCGCGCUGUGCUACGCCAAGCUGUUCUACCCGGAGACAGAGCAGAGCCGCAACAGGGUGGAGCAGAUUGUCGUCACCAAGGAUGACUCGACGAGCGUGCUGGACGCGGCGGUGAAGGGCGUCACGGCCGGGAUACAGAUAGUGCUGGGCAUCGUGGCCAACAUCAUCGCGUUCCUGGCGUUCGUCGCGUUCCUGGACGGCGUGCUGGGCUGGGCCGGGCGGCUGGUGGGGAUCCCCGACGUCACCUUCGUGAACAUUCUUGGCUACAUAUUCGUCCCUCUGGCCUGGGUAAUGGGAGUCCAGUGGAGCGAGUGUCAGAAUGUGGCCCAGCUCAUCGGACUGAAGACCAUCGUGAACGAGUUUGUGGCCUAUCAGCGGCUAGGCGAGAUGAAGAAAAACGGGUUGUUAUCGGCCCGGUCCGAGGCCAUCGCGACCUACGCCCUGUGCGGCUUCUCCAACCCGGGCUCCGUGGGAAUCCUGAUGGGCUCGCUCAUCACCCUGGCGCCCAGCAAGCGGCCCGAGAUCACGGGCGUGGCCUACCGCGCCUUCUUCGCCGGCAGCGCCGUCUGCUUCAUGACCGCCUGCAUCGCAGGAAUCCUGCUGACAGAAGACCAUUACUCAACCAACAACUACCAGAGCAACGUAUCUGCAACGUCGCUGCACUGAGCGAGAUGCGCUGCACAUGGCUGUCAAGACUUGCAGCACAUCGCUACUCUGGUGCCUCUUACAUGACAGCUGUCGGUAUUAUUCCACAUGGUCGUGCAUAAUCAUCCAAGUCCAAGCAUAACAGAAGUGAUAAAUAUCAAAGUGCAUUUAACAUGGUGAAUAAUUACAUACCUUAUGAAAAUGAAAUCUUGAGAAUUUUCUCACACGAUUAGGAGGCUGUCUCCCAGAAACUUGCUCAACAUGUGUGCAGAUGUCCUAGUGAAAACUGUGCUGUUGGCUCCAAUGGAAAGUUUAAGCUGCUCAAUAGUCAGUAGCAAAUAAUAGAACGCCAAUUCGCUGAAAUUACUUUCCAGCUCAAGCAGUAAAAAUUUACAUUUUUUUAAUUUACUCUUAUUUUGUCCGAAAAGUAAGUCACCUAAUAUAGGUAUAAAUGUGAAAGAUGACAUGAAAUUUAUAUUAAAAUGAACAGUAUUUACUCGCAAAUGAGUUGCCCCCUCGUAUGGGUCACACCCUUAAUUCUGGGCCAAAAAAUCUAACUUUUUCACAGGUAAGUCAGUCGUUUGAAUGUGUAUAGCGCCAUAAAUCAGUCUCCAGUAGAAUACAAGUGAAGUCUUUAAGGUA